AUGUCGGCUUUUAGUCUUCUCACCUCUGUGGAAAACACAUCUGCCGUGAGAAAUCUCCCGCAACUGGGUUCAUCUACGCUCAAUUUGUCUCGGCUUUAUGAAUCGGAGACGCGUUUCAACGAACCUAUCCUUCUGCUCAUUAGCCCUGGUGCGGACCCUUCCCAAGAAUUGGCUGAGGCUGCUGCUUCCCAUUUCGGUAAAUCUACUUCCAGUGGCGGUGGCAAUGUGGAGCCACAAUCAGGACGCUAUCGACAAGUAGCUAUGGGUCAAGGGCAAGCUGAUUUAGCCUUGGAAGAGCUUCGCGCUGCAGCAGAAGCGGGGGAUUGGCUAUGUUUGAAAAAUUUACAUUUGGUUACUGGAUGGUUGCCAGUAUUAGAGAAAGCGGUAAAUACGCUGUUACUGGCGAAUGAAGAACAUGUGAUCGGUUCAGUUGAUGGCGUACCGAGCGCACAACAUGCCACUCGUCCAGUCGUGCAUAAAGAUUUUCGACUCUGGCUGACCACGGAACCUCAUUCCGGUUUCCCGUCUGCUCUGUUACAAUCUUGCUUAAAAGUGGCCUACGAAGCCCCACCCGGAUUGAAACGUAAUUUGAGAAGGACUUACGAAUCUUGGUCUCGUGCGUAUCUGGCACAAGGCAAUUCGGUAACACGAGGCACCGCACUGGCCGCCCUGGCCUGGUUCCAUGCUGUUGUUCAAGAACGGCGCACGUACAUCCCACAAGGGUGGACCAAAUUUUACGAGUUCUCUCUCGCCGAUUUACGUGCUGCGGCGGAUGUUAUCGAUCGUUUAAUGCUUGAUUCUGGGUCUGUGGGAGGCAGUGUGAAGGAUGCAUGGGCUUGGAUUCACGGCCUAUUCGGUGAAGCAAUUUACGGUGGUCGAAUGGAUAAUUCGUUUGAUGCCCAAGUACUUCAAUCAUAUUUGCAUCAAAUGUUCAGCGAUCAGACAGUGCAUAGUCUACGCCUCGGGCCGCUACAAUUGCCUGGCACAACAGAAUUGCGGGAUUAUACAUUACUGAUUGAUUCACUGUCAGACUACGACCUUCCAAGUCAUUUCAAUCUCCCCGCGAAUAUCGAUCGCAGCGCUCAGCGAAAUGCAGCCAAUCGGGUGAUUGCACAACUGCGCUUGCUCAGCCGUAGCGUCGGAUAUGCCAAUGGUUUUGACAAGACUUUAUGGAGUCAAGAACUCGGACCGAUACUUGUGUUAUGGAAGAAACUUAACCAGAACAAUCAAAUAAUACAAAGUGGACAUGACAAGCGAUCGCGUAAAUCGGGUUCUUCAAUCCAUAAGAUCACCUCACACGUGAAUACAGGAAAAGACGAGCCACCGGUACUGCAAUUUCUCCGUUUGGAAUGGCACAACGCACUUCAUCUGGUCCAAACUGUUCACAAUGGUUUGGCAGGCUUAUCACGGGCGUGUCGUGGAACCCAACUGGUGACUGCAGGCUUGCAUCAACUGGCCGAAAGCCUGUUGCACGGUGAGACACCAAAAACAUGGUUAGACGAGUGGCCAGAAGGUGCACUGGAUCCGGUCUCAUUCUUGCGUGACUUGGUUCGCAAAGCCAGCGCGGUACAGGACUGGCUUGAAAGAGAGGAGAACAAUCAACUGAUUCAACGAGACUCUCCUGCACUGGACUUAGCGGAUCUCUUCCGGCCUUCCACAUUUCUGAAUGCUGUUCGUCAACAGACUGCCCGUCAAAUGAGUGUACCAAUAGACAGUCUCAAAUUAGCUUGUUGGUGGCCAAAUUCAAUCCAUAGGAAUUCAGAAAAGCAGAUGAAAUCAAUUAUUGUACGUGUUACUAAUCUCAAACUGGAAGGUGCCUUAUUCGAAAGUGGUCGCCUGGCACCCAGUCAUCCGGAAUCGCCCAGUCUCACACAUUUGCCGGAUGUUAGUCUUCUAUGGAUACCCAAGUCCUCACCGGAUCCCGUCAGCUCGGAGGAGUCUAUCUCAUUGCCCGUCUAUUUGGACAAUGCACGGGAUUCGUUGGUGGCAAAUCUUCGUGUUCCGUGUCCAGUUGGUACACAAGAUCAAUGGAUCCAAGCUGGCGUGGCUCUUUUGCUCAGCUCUUUCUAG